AAUGAAAGUAUUUUCAUUUGCAUUCUUGCGGAGCUCGUCAACGUUCGGAAAAAGCAUCUUUGGUGUUCCACAAACCCGCGUGGUUAAAGUAUUUUACAGCGUGUUUACAAUUUAGUUGAUAAUUGUUACGUCACAAUUAGCAUUGAACUUGUCAUCAAUCAGUUUUCUGUAUUUACGUAAUCAAGCAAAAAUAAGCAUUCGCUUGAUAGGUAAGAUGGCUUCAAACCAAGGCCAUAUGAACAUCAACUCUCAUCAAUUCAAUGGCUACAUGGAAAAUCAGCAACAUGAUGAUAAAAGCAAGGUUAAUAUGAGUCACACGGUUGGAUUGGAUAUUUCCAAGUUUGGUCAAGGAAGCUCCUCAGAUAUAAAUUGCAAUACAGGAAUGAAUAUGUCCGCACUUGGAGCAGUGGGAGGAAAUAUGAAUCGAAAUUAUGGUGGUGGAAUGGCAGUCACUCCAACAAUGUCUUUCACUAACGGUUACAACAAGUGGACAACAAACUCUGAUGAAGCAGAAUCUAUGGAGGUUACUGAAAUUGAUGGAGGUAUCAUGGAAGGAGGCGGUCAGAUCUUACGUAUUGCGAUUGCUUUGUGCUCCAUUCAGCAUAAGCCUAUAUCAAUAAGUAGGAUUAGAGCAAAUCGUACCAAUCCUGGGCUUCGACCACAGCAUAUGACUGGAAUGCAACUAGUUAGAGAUCUAUGCUCUGGACAGUUGACUGGCGAUCAAGUAGGAGCACAGCAUGUCACAUUCAUUCCAGGAAUGUUGCAAAGUGGAACUUUUCUUGCUGACACUGGAACUGCUGGUGCAGUCAGUCUUUUAUUGCAGGUAGCACUUCCCUGUCUUAUGUUUACACCUGGUACAUCACAUCUGACUUUGAGAGGAGGUACAAAUGCGGAAAUGGCUCCUCAAAUUGAUUAUACCACUUGUGUGCUUAAGCCAAUGCUAGAGCUUUUUGGUGUUCGUAUGGAUUGCAGAAUUGUCACCAGAGGUUAUUUUCCGAGAGGUGGUGGAGAAGUCACAGUUCAAAGUUCACCUGUAAGACAAUUGAGAGCGGUUGAUUUGACAAAUUUUGGCACAAUCAAGAGGAUAACAGGUCGGGCUUUUGUUGCUGGUGUCAUUCCUUUCAAGAUAGCUCAACAAAUGGCAAAAAGUGCAACUUCAGUUUUGUGGAGGACAUACAGGGAGGUGCCUAUUAAUAUUCAAGCUGUACAGGAGCCUAAAAAUGCUGUAGUGGGAAAUGGCACAGGAAUAAUUGUGGUUGCUGAAACGACGACAGGUUGCAGAUUAUCAGGGUCCUCACUAGGUAGAAAAGGAAUUCAGGCUGAGCAGGUUGGUGCUGAUGCUGCUGAAAUGUUACUUCGUAACCUUUCCUAUGGGUGUUGUGUCGAUGAGUAUCUACAAGAUCAGCUCAUUAUAUACAUGGCACUCGCAGCCGGUCGAUCCAGGCUCAAGACUGGCCCAAUAACUCUUCACACCCAAACCGCAAUGCACAUAGCGCAAAUGAUGACACAGGCUCAAUUCAGUUUGGUUCAAGCAGCUCCCCCAUCCACUGAAAGUUACAUUAUUGAAUGUGAAGGCAUUGGGCAUCGCAAUCCGCACUUCUGAGUACUAUUACCUUGCACGACUGCCUGAACAGUGUUCCCUCUUGCUGAGCCACUGUGGAACAGAUAUUUGAAUAGUUAGUUACCAGUUGGACGCUCCGGAAAUAUAGCUUUAUUAUUAUGCUGACUUGUCCUUGACUUGGGAUGCUACUGUGCUGUUGAAAAAAAUUACAACACUGUAUUAUACAUACUAUCUUUCCUGUCAAACAGUCAUAUUUGAUGGCAAUUUUCUGAUACUGUAUUAUAGACCUUCAAUCAUUUGUUAAAUACUUUUCUCAUUAUAUUCCUUGGAAAAACGGAAAUGUAUGAAUUCUGAAAAAUUGGUUAUCGCCUUCAAUGUUUUUGCUUGUUUUCAUGCCAGAUAUUUUUUUAGUUCUCAGUUUUUGAACAUAUUUAGUUUUUGUUUUACUGGUUUUCUACUAAAUGACGCCUUGUCUGUGGCAUUUAUCGUCGAGCUCUUACAGGAUUUUUACACAAUUUUUACUCGAAUUGAAACUGUGCCAUGAUUAUUAUACUUGAAGCAAUCUAUUUCAUGUGUAACUUUUCUUUGUGAAAAUGUUGUCUUGGAAGUAACCUCAUAUAAAAAGCUUUUAAAAGAUUGUUUCUAGUCGAGGAAUUUUACUGAUGACUUGUUUUGUGCUCUUGAUUACUUUUGAAUAUCAGGGUGGUGGGCUAUUUUGGUGGUGUGUGAUUUUAAGGGUGGCCGGGCUACUUAUAAAGCAAAGAAUCCUAUUGUUUUUAGAUUGAUAAAAAUGGGUUUACUGCCUAUGAUGGUGCCUAGAAUGGGACUUCAUUCAGACUGUUUUUUCCCUACUCAUUUUAAAUUCGGCCACCCUUUGUAGUCCCAUUUUAACACUUUCAUAUUUGCGAUUUUGGCAAUUUCAAGAGUGUUUUACAAUGUUGGGUGUCCUUUUUUAUGGUACUGGUCAUUUUUAAUUUUUUUUAACGUUAUUUACACUGCAGGAUCUUGUUAUAAAAUUGACAAAUUUAAUGGGAUAAAAAUUACAAAUCAAAUGUAUUUUUUUUUUUGUUUUCUGUUUAUAUCAAUCGGCUUAUACUUUGUUAAAUAUUUUUAUUUUUUUCAAUUGUAAACGAAUUAAUUUGAAAAGUUUUGCAACUGUGAGGUAUGCUUUAGUUUGCCUUGGCCUAUAAGCGAAUCUUUUCACCAUACAGGUUAAGUUAGUUUGGGAUCAAAUCCAUGUUUACUAGACAUAGUUUUGAAGCUUGGGGUUAUUCACUUAUGAUUCAUCUUUAAUAAAACUUGAAAAGAAGUUUCAAUAAUUAUUGCAAGAAUGAAUAUUUGUGUUAUCAAGUACCGUACCCAGCAUAUCAUUGAGUAUUCUAAACUGCAAUUCUUUUCGAGUUAUUUUCAUAUAAAUUUCAUUUGUCCUAUCCUCACUGUAUACUACUCAUUCUACCAAGAAAAAAUAAUGAAUUAGACAGCUUUAUAAAAUGACGUGUUUCAAGGUUACACUAAAUUACAGUAUUCAUUCUUGUUGUCAUUAUUAUGCAAGAUAUGAGAGUUAAACUGGUUACAUGUGUCAAAAGAAAAAUUAUAUGUAUGUAUAUGUUUCAUAGUCAAUCAUAGUUGUUGUUGAAUUUGAUGUUACCUCUGUAAGUUGUGUCUUGACGUUAAAGUAUAGCAACUGCUGUUCUUCAAAGAUGGUUCAUGCCAUUGGAGGAAGUUGUAAUUAAAUAAAUUAUAAUUAACAUUUAGAUAUGAUGCAUUGCUAACACCUGUCCAAUCCCCUUAUUUUUCAUUCGCAUGCAUCCAAGUAUAAACUUAUAAUUAUAUAUGCUAUUGGCCCAUGUCAAAUACAGAAUAAUGCUAAAAAGGGAAUGGUUUAUGGAAUGAUUAUUUUUUAGUUAAAAAUAUGCUUUAGAAAUAUGAUUUUUACUUACUUCACAAUUUGGGAAUGAAUUUAUAAAAAAAAUGUAGCCCUGUCUGUUAAUGUUUGAAAGAGUAUAAGAAAGCUUUUGUCAUAUUUUUUUUUCAUUGUGAUUUGUAUGUAACUGUGAACUUGAUCGUGUGCAUUACACAUGUAUCUGUAACGUCCAUGAGCUGGAAUCGUGUUUAAAUAUUCCUUUUGUUUGUUCGUUGACUUUUGCUUUCACUGUAUAGGAUUCAGUUCCACAGUCAACCUUAAGUACCAGGCCUCAUUGUAGAUUAUUUAACUGCCUUCUCUAAUAUAGUAUUACUUUGGAGUUGUUCAUGCAAAUAAGUUUUGAAAAUUGAGCAGGUCGUUUUCUUAUGUGUUGGAUAUUGAUCAUGGCUGACCCCUGUAAUAAUAAAUUGCUGAACUGCUAAAUUUCUGUCACUGCAUACUAUUUUUUUCUCUGAAGAUUUGUGUAUUAUCAAGUUUUAAGUUUUAUUAGGACCUCCAGAAGUAUGCGCACCAAGAUGGCGCACAACCUGAACAUAGUAUGUUGUACCGGUUAGGCAUCAGGUUGUGUGACAUCUUGGUGUGCAUACUUCUGGAGCACCUUUUAUUAUGUUGCAAAAAUAAUAUUGAGCUUAAUAUUUACAGACUGACAGUUUCUUAUUCGUUUUGUUCUUCUUUUUUUUGUUUUGCUCACUUUGCAAUUGAAGACUAUAAUCUAUGGAUGAUUGGUCAGUCAUUGUCCAGCGUUUGUAGAACCCUUGAUUUGUUGAGAAACUCUGGCUUUCUUAUUUUUUAGAAUGUUAAUGGUGCUCUAAAAGUCUUUAGUGCCGUCCUGUUGAAUCAUAACCAAUUGAAUUUUUUUCUCUUUUCUUUCGUUGUUGCAAGUUAUAUGUUCAGCUUUGUCCAUAAUAUCUUAUAUCGGUCAUAAGCGUGCUAAUUUCUAUAGUAGCCUAUAUUUCGUUCUCCGUUCUAUACAUUUGUUAUCUGCUUCAUAAAAUGAAAUAAAACAUGCACAAAUCAAUUUCGAAA